CUGACAUCGAAUUCUAUUUUAAUUAUUGGUAUCUUUUUCUUAUGAGAAGAGUUGAUAGUAGUGAAUUGAAAACGUGAUGUAACUAAUUACUAAUUGCGAUUUAUUUGAAGUGUGUGUGAACUUAUGACAUUGUUAAGAUGAUGUUUUUGUUGCUAAUUACGUUAUGUGCCCUAUCGUCAGGCCACGAGAUAACGCAGCUGAAGGUGCCGCUGCACGCGGACCCGCGGCGCGCGGCGGAGCUCAGCUGCCACUUCCACAUGGACGACCAGAAACUGCACUCCGUCAAGUGGUACCGUGACCUGCACGAGAUCUUCCGAUACAAUCCCUCGCAAAAGACUCAAAUCCGCUUGUUUAACGUGACCGGCAUCAUGGUGCAAGGAGGGUCAUGCGAGCAGGAGUCGUGCGUGGUGCGCGUCAUGCCGCUGCCGCAGGCCACGCGGGCGGCCUACACCUGCGAGGUCUCCACCGAGGGACCCAUGUUCCAGAUCGCACGGCAGACCAAACACAUGACUGUUGUUGCUAUGCCUGACAAGGAUCCAGUUAUAAGCGGAGCUCCGCAUUUCAUUCGGCCGGGGGACCAGAUGCUGUUGAACUGUACGACGGACUACUCGCUGCCGCCUUCAGACAUUAAUUGGUACAUCGACGACGAAAUACAAAAGCCUGAAGCGUGGCAGCACACGGAGGUGAGCGCGCCGCUGGCGGGCGGGCUGCGCGCGUCGUGGCGUGUGCUGCGCGUGCACGUGCCCGCCGACGCGAGCGGCGCGCUACGCCUGCGUUGCGAGUCUGUACUGCACGUGGACCCGCCUGUGCUGCGUGACGUAAUCGCCACCGUCACCGUCAACACUAGGACGCAGCUCUAUGACAAAUAUGUUUCUAACAGAGGUGUGGAUGUCUACUUGAACGCAAACUCGGUGGUAGUCCUUAUGAUUUUCACUCUUAUAUCAAGGUUUAUGAGCUUAUGAGAUAAGAGUUAAUCAUGUCUGUUGAUAUUACAUGUAAGUUUAGAUAUAUCAUUUUUAUCGGUCUAUGUUAGUUUAUCUUUCUCAAGUGAAGAAUGUCCAUAGAGCAUUGUAAAUAUCUCAGAAUACAUAAAAUAUUAAGUAGAUACCUAUAGGCCCUAUAUGAACCCAAUAUAAACAGUUUAUCAGAGGAAAAUAUUUUUUGUACAUAGUAAAUUU